AUGGGGAAUGAAUCCUCAGCCCUUGUGAAGCUACGACGUGGAAGUAAAGAUAAGCAGCCGGCCAUCAUAGAAUAUAGUGAACGCAGCGUGACUCCGGUCUAUAAGAAGAAAACGAAAUCACCUCGAAGCAUAAGUCAUGGCCGAGCAAACGAAAUACGCAGGGUGACACCGCCAAAAAUUGAGAGCGAUAACAUAUCAUUAAAAAGUGCCGCCACUGGGACUCCAAAGCAACUGACAGUCGAAGCUGCUGAACUGAAUUACUUACAACCACUGACCCCAGAUCGAAAACGAAGUCGAAGCCUGUGUACAGCACAAUUGCUGCAGGAUACUCAGGCAGCUGCAGCUCAGAAGCAGUUAGAGGAUAGGGGAAGCGGAGCACUAAUGACGAACGGCAAUCGAAAAAUGUCCACUGGCCUUGUUCCUCAGCUAAAUCGACUACGAAUACAGCAGUGUUUCAAAGCGGCGAGACCUACCAUGGGCGAUGCUAUUCUGAAACGCGCUGCCAGCAAUCGUUCUGAGUUCCGAAGUUUCAUGAGCAGGCUAAACGAUCAACAAACUGAACACAUGGGCAAACAGUUCUACUCCCUUAUAGCCGAAUCUGUAGAAAAUAUUGAAAGGGCGGAGUUGAUUCAACAACAUGCACGAGCAUUUGGCGAAACUUACGCGGGAUUGUGCCAACUAGGAUUCCGACCAGAUUUCUUUUCUGCUUUGGCUGAUGCAGCCAUUGCAGAAUGCGUCAAACUUGAUGGUGGAGCACAUAAGAGAUGUGAAACACUCUUGGCAUGGAGCCAACUGAUCGGAGCAAUUUUCACAUCGGUUCGUGACGGGUACUACAAUCGUGUACGAUAUCAAAGAAGGUCCUCCUUGCCCCAAAACACGCUUACGAAGCAACUAUCGCUCGAAUUUUCCAAAAGUAUAGAUCAGGAUGCCUACAUCCAGUGA